GUGAUACAUUAGUAUUGAAAACUUUUGCUACGCUACGCCACACUUUCAACAGGAUUGGACAAGAGAAUAUCACCAAAGAUGUCUGAAUUCACUGUUGCGAUGGUCGGUAAGACCGGCAAUGGCAAGAGCGCCGUUGGUAACAGCAUCCUCGGCCAAUACGGUAAACUCAAUGGCAGGGCAUUCGAAACGUCUUUUGCGUUCAAUUCAUGCACCCAGACAUGCGAGGAAAAAACGGAAGAGGUCAAUGGCGUCUGUUUUCAUGUCAUUGACACCCCGGGUGUGAUGGAUACAGAGGCAGAUGUGGCGACCACACUGAAAGAGAUCAAUAACUGCCGUCAACUGUGCCCCGAGGGAGUCAAUGCUCUCCUUCUUGUGACACGCUGCGACCAGAAGUUCACACUGGAGGAGGAACACGCGAUCCGUGAUCUAAAGAUCCUAUUCGGAGAAAAGCUGCUCAAAUACGGCAUCGUCAUCUUCACGCACGGGGAUGAAGUAGAGAGAGCGAUUGAGGAUGGGGAAGUUACGGAUUUGGACGAAUAUCUUCUUACUUUUCAGAAGUCAAAUGCCUUGCAUGAUGUUCUUCGCUCUGUGGACCAACGGAAAGUCCUCUUCAACAACAGGGCAAGAGGUAAUGCAGCUGAUAGACAGCGGGAUGAGCUUGUGGGUUACAUCCGGGGGAUCAUGGCCAAUAAACGGCCAUACGGAAUUCCAGAGGUCAGCGUGUUCUACAUAAGAUAUAAAGUCAACACUUGCUUCCCCGCCACUUCUACCGUGUUGAUCGAUGGCAAGCACCGCAGCAAGAUGGCAUCUCUCCAGGUCGGCACGAAGGUCGUCUCCGUCGGCCAAGAGGACACCGCACGAGCCCAGCUGGACACCGUGUACUUCUUCAGCCACGCCGCGGAGGACGUCCUGGCCCCGUUCAUCCGCAUCACGACCGCCGGUGGGAAGACCCUGCACCUGUCAGAGGGCCACUACAUCUACGUGGGGAAGGACGCCAUGAAGACCGGCGCACUGUUCACCGCUCGCGAGGUGAAGGUCGGAGAUGUGGUGCACGUGGUUGACGCGCUGGACCAGGCUCCCCGCGCUGAAGAGGUCAUCGAAGUCAAGACAGAGAUCAAGCGAGGCCUGUACUGCCCCCACACCCUGGGAGGGUCUCUCGUGGUGGACGGCGUCUGCGUUUCCACCUACACGGAGAUGUUCCCCCCUCGCGUAGCCCACGGGUUGCUGUGGCCCGUCCGUGUUCUGUACCGUAUGGCUCCCAACCUGGCGGCCAAGAUAGCACAGCCGCAGGGGGAUCAGGGAAUGCCUAAGUGGCUCGGGUGGCUCUAUGAUUAUGUGGCGUAGGUUUAGUCAGAUGGGUCAUUGUACCAUGCCAGUCUGCAGAGAUGCAGCAGAAACCACAUGGAAAAAAAGCAAAACCUCUGAUCCGAUCAGAAAACCUAAAUUUGAGAUCACAUAUUAGCAUAUUUCACCCCAUCUCCCUUCCCAUGCGCUAACAUGCAAAAGUGGACUGCUCCACAUCACCAUUUUCUUUUACAGAAAUGGACUAUCCCAAAGAGGGAAAAAUACAAUUCAUGUUAAAUAGCCUCAAAAAACAGGUAAUAAAUUUAAUGGAUUGCCUCCAAGUUAUGGGUGUGCAUGCCCAAGCACAUAACAGUACCCCAUGCACCCCAAAUAUCAAAAGUCAGCUAUGACUUUGAUGUAAUUACAUGAGUCUAGCAUGAUAUUUGCAUUUCUAUAAAGAAAAAAAAAUUAACAAUGUCAUUAUCAUUUCGAAGACACGCAAUUGUAAAGUGAAAAAAAAAUUGUAAAAAUGCUACUAGUUAUCUAGUUUGAAGAUUAAGGCAUGCAGGUUAAAAAAUAAACAUUUUGUCCAGAAAAUAAAUAAUAUCCAGAAAAGCCAGGCCCAGAAACACAAGUGAGAGAGCUUUUGAUCAAGAUGGCCGACAAAAGGUAAACAUUUACACAACUUCUCCCUGAUAAUGUAGGAAUGUAAACAUGAAAUCUGAGACCCACACCAUGUAGAAUAAGGGAAAAGGAACAAAUUUUAUUUGAUGACUCAGUGGGUCACCCCAAUAGACAUGUUUGUGUCAAUUACAAAUAAUGAUUAACAAGCUUACAGGGCCCUGGUACUAAACCACAUAAUGAUACCAUAUCACCUUCAUCUUGAUGUUGAAUCUAGCAAAUAAAUCACUCAACAGUGCAUAUAAAACAAGUAAGCUCUGCAUAAAAAGCUUCAUGUAUGACCGUAGCAUUGUACAUUUUCUGAAGAAAUGGAGUUGAUUAUACUUCUUUUUGUUGUUGAAAAGCUACUUUACAGCAGUCCUGUAAAAUUACAUUGUAUCAAACCCAAACACCUGAAAUGAUGUUUAA